AGCUGGUCGAACGGCGUCGUUUCGGUAUUGCUUAAACCCUGAGAAAAACCCCUCUUUCACUUCCAUUUUUCGAAAAAACUGUGACAAAGAAAUGAGCGGAGCUCCUGAUUUCUUCUACAGAGAAGCUCAGCGCCUUGGUUAUGUUGCUCGCUCUGCUUUCAAGUUGAUUCAGAUGCAGAAGCAGUACAAGAUCAUAAGCCCCGGCGGUUCUGUUCUCGAUCUAGGCUGUGCUCCCGGUGCUUGGCUUCAGGUGGCAUGUCAGAAUUUAGGUCCAUUGGAGAAGGGCGGAACAGUUGUGGGGAUUGAUACUAAGAAGGUGAAGGUGCCGCCCCUCCACUGCGAUUCGAGGGUUAAAACUGUUUGUGGUGAUGUUAUGAAGCUACCAAGAGAGAAAGUUAGAGCACUCUCCCCUAAGCAAAAGGGGUUCUCCGUCAUCCUGUCCGAUAUGUGCCCCUUAGUUUCUGGAAUCACGACUAGGGACGCAGCUCUAUCUGCAGAACUGGGGAUGCGGGCGCUUGAUCUAGCAGUCGGAAAGGCCGCGGUUGAUCACACAUUACACGACGCGCCACAGGAAGUUCAAUCAGACAGUUCUGGCUCAGCCCCGGACACCGGCCGUCUGCUAAAACCAGGAGGCCACCUUAUCAUUAAGCUUCUUGAGAGUGAAGAUGUAAAAGAGUUCAACCAAAUAUGCAAGCCACUCUUUAGAAAGGCGUCGUGGUUGAGGCCUAAAGCAACCAGAUCAUGCUCCAGAGAGAUCUAUCUAAUCUGCCAGGGCCUGCUUUAGAAAUCAGAAGCAGCAGAUUCCGCAUAGAACAUCUAGAUUCUUCUAGAAAUUGUUUUUUUUUUAAUCUUUUAAUGACACGGAAUCUAUGUUGAUUUUUUUAUAAAAAAAUAUAAAAAAUCAAAUCUUUAUACA